GGGCCUGGACCAUGCACCCUUCCCUGCUGCUGGCCCUACUGGGCACCCUCACGUUGCCUGGAGAGCCAGCCCGGGUCUGCCAGAGGCAUUUCCUGGAGACAGUGAGUAACUCAAAGGAGCUCUUCCUGGAAUGGCAAGCUGCACGGGUGGUGUGCGGUAACAACAGCCAAGACUGGAGGUGCCAGGACACGUUGCUGCUCGUUGAUAACGGACUCCAAGUGAGCCUGGUGCUCACCAAGGGCUGCACCUUGGACCCCGUGCAGGAGGCGCGCAUCACCCAGCACAGGGCCGACCCGGGCCUAUCUGUCUUCUCCUACACCAGGGUGUGUGACGAGGAUCGAUGCAAUAACCUGUCCAGCACCUUCCCGCGCUGGGCCAUGCCUUCUCCCACAGCCCCCGGGCCUGUGCAGUGUCCCUUCUGCCUCUCUGCUAAAGACUGUCUGUCUCCAGUGGUGCAGCCCUGCCCUGUCGGGAACAGCCACUGCUACAACGGGGUCCUCCUGAUGCAGGGAGGAGGCAUCUCUACCAAGCUGAGAGUCCAGGGAUGCAUGCCUCAAGCAGGCUGCAACCUGCUUAAUGGGACUCAGCAAAUAGGGCCCAUAACUUUGAAGGAGAACUGUUACCCCAAACGUGAGGGUAUCCUGCCAGGAGUGGAAGCUUUCCUGACCUGUCAAAGGGGGGUCAUGAACUACUUGCACAGAAACCUAUCUUGGGAGCCUAUAAAAUGGACCACGCCAGGGACACAGAGGUGCAACAUGGGGGAGGUGUGUCAGGAGACACUGCUGCUUGUCGAUGUAGGACCCAAAUCAGUCCUAGUGGGAAGUAAAGGCUGUAGCGAUGCCCAGACCCAUGAUUCCCAGAAUGUCACCUCACACGGAGGGCACCAUGGAGUGCUCUUGGCCUCCUACGCCCAUUUCUGCACCUCCCAGGAGUGCAACCGAGCCAACAGCAGCAGCGUCCUGUUGAACUCCCUCUCCCCUUCAGCUGUCCCUGUUCCCGGAGACCUGCUGUGUCCUGUCUGUUUAGAAUUGUUUGGAUCCUGCUCAGAAAAUAGUCAGAAUGUUACGUGUCCUAAAGGCACCACUAGUUGUUACAGUGGUUUUAUUUCUCUCGGAAAUGGUGGUUUGUCCCUCUCAAUUCACAUAAAGGGUUGCAUGACCCAAAAUGCCAGGUCCUUGUUGCACCACAUCAAGAAUAUUGGGAUCUUCUCUGUGGAAGAGACCCUUGAGAAUGAGCCUGAGGAACAGCCUUCAUCUCAAAUGAUUGGGGCUACUUGGCCUCUGCACACCCAGUGUCACCAUUUGGCUGUUCCAGGAUCCCAGCAGCAUGUUCUGCCUCACAGAUGAGCCACCAUCGCCAUGUUGCUGAUGUUCCUUCGUGUAUUUAAUGCCUUCCCCAGGGGAUACAGUAAGGAGACUGCAUGUGACAGACUCAUCACAUGUCCCCAAACUUGGGACACUGUUUUUCUCCAGUAUGCCAGAGCCAUCCUAGAAUUCACUCCAGAUACUAACUCACUAUCCUAGAAGACUAGUAAUAUAUUUUCAGAUGCGGGUUUCAACACCUUAAAUCCGACAUCCCACGUGAAAGAACUGAACCCCAUCAAGUCAUACUCGACAGAAGUUUCCUGAACACACGAGUCAUACCUGCUCACUGCCACUCACAGAGGCCUCCUCUCUUGGGGCUGAGGGCACUGCCCCUGGCUUGGUUGCUGGGCAAAAUUGGGAGUUGGCUAUUGUGAGGUACUGCAUCCUGAUGACCCUAACCCACCCAUUCUCUAGUCCCAGGACUUAAGGACAUUUGACACCUAAUUAUUUCCCAUCUCCUCCCUGAAUCACAUAUCUGCUCUUAGUGU